AUGAAGACGCAUCCUCCGCAGCCUGAGGCUGCCUCCGCCGCAUCCAAUCCCAAUCCCAAUACCUCCCAAGAGAAGAAGAGCAUAAACCCGGAGCUGUGGCAAGCUUGUGCAGGGCCUUUGGUUAACCUUCCUCCCUCCGCCACACACGUCAUCUACUUCCCUCAGGGUCACAGCGAACAGGUUGCUGCCUCUUUGAAGAAAGAUGUGGACGCUCAAAUUCCCAACUAUCCCAAUCUCCCCUCCAAGUUACUCUGUCUCCUUCACAAUCUCACUUUGCAUGCUGAUCCCGAAACAGAUGAAGUAUACGCUCAGAUGACUCUUCAACCAGUCCCUUCCUUCGACAAGGAUGCUCUGUUGAGAUCGGAUCUUGCUCUCAAGUCCACCAAGCCACAACCCGACUUCUUCUGUAAACAGCUCACCGCAAGUGAUACCAGCACUCACGGAGGUUUCUCUGUGCCCCGUCGAGCCGCCGAGAAGAUUUUCCCUCCUCUUGAUUACGCUUCGCAACCCCCUGCGCAAGAACUCACCGCUAGGGAUUUGCACGACAAUGCUUGGACAUUCCGCCACAUAUACCGGGGACAACCAAAACGCCACUUGCUUACCACUGGAUGGAGUCUGUUUGUCAGUGGAAAGAGGCUUUUUGCCGGAGAUUCUGUUUUGUUUAUAAGAGAUGAGAAGCAGCAGCUUCUUUUGGGUAUCAGACGAGCUAACAGACAACCCACCAAUAUAUCGUCGUCAGUACUAUCAAGUGAUAGUAUGCACAUUGGAAUUCUUGCUGCAGCGGCUCACGCAGCUGCAAACAAUAGCCCCUUCACCGUCUUUUAUAAUCCUAGGGCCAGUCCAUCGGAAUUUGUUAUUCCUUUAGCCAAGUACUACAAGUCAGUGUACAGCCACCAACCAUCACUUGGCAUGCGUUUUCGAAUGAUGUUUGAAACUGAAGAUUCGGGAACACGAAGGUAUAUGGGUACAAUUACAGGUAUCAGUGAUCUGGAUCCUGUGCGUUGGAAAAACUCUCAAUGGCGAAAUUUGCAGGUUGGUUGGGAUGAGUCAACUGCUGGAGAAAAGCGUAGCAGGGUCUCAAUCUGGGAAAUUGAACCAGUAACUGCUCCAUUUUUCAUCUGCCCGCCUCCAUUCUUUAGAUCCAAGAGGCCAAGACAACCUGGAAUGCCUGAUGAUGAAUUAUCUGAUUUUGAUAACAUUUUCAAGCGGACAAUGCCAUGGCUUGGCGAUGAAAUGUGCAUGAAAGAUCCCCAAGGUCUCCCUGGCCUCAGCUUGGUUCAAUGGAUGAACAUGCAGCAUAAUCCUGCACUGGCUAGCUCAUUGCAGCCAAAUUUUGCACCUUCCUUAUCGGGAUCUAUUUUGCAAAAUAUUCCUGGAGCUGAUAUUUCUAGUCAGCUGGGAUUUUCAGCUCCACAAAUUUCUCAGCCGAACAAUGUGGCGUUCAAUGCUCAGAGACUACCUCAGACUGCUCAGCAGCUGGAUCACCUUCAGAAGCUACCAUCUACAUCUAGCAUACUGAGAACAGUCCUGCCACCACAGACCUGCCACCACAGCAUACUACAAUCUAGGCCGAACAUGUCAAGUCAAACAAUACCACAGGGUCAAGUUCAGGUCCAACUCUUGCAUCCCCAAAACAUUGUCCAAACCAACAAUAUUCUUCAACAGCAGCAACCAUCCAUUCAAAACCAUCAACUGCAUAGCAGCCUCUCUCAGAAUCUAUCACAGCAGCAGCAGCAGCCGACAGUUAUAGGUCAGAGUCAACAGCAAAAUUCGAUCCAGUCCCCUAUCCCUGAUCAUGUUCAACAAUUACAGAUGUCCGACAAUCAGAUUCAGUUGCACUUGUUGCAGAAGCUUCAACAAAAACAAACGCUCUUGCCACAGCAAACUGCAUUGCUGCAGCCUACUCAACUUACUCAAAUCCAGGAGCAGCAGAGACAGCUUGUAGAUAAAGCACAUAACUUGUCUACAGCAUUUACACCUGGUCAUGUACUGGAUAUUCCUCCUAUGCUUCCAAAUUCACUCCCCGAGGCUAAUUCUCUCUCUAAUCAGAUGACAAAGGCUAAUUUCCCGAACAAUAUUCAAUUCCCUCAGCAGCCCAAGCUUCAACAGCAGCAACCUGGCUUGCUGUCUGAAAUGUCCGGUAUGGCACUUCUCCCUACCCCUACAACAAACCAACUUACUGCUGCUGGCAGCAGUAUCAUGAAUGGAGCAGCUGGUGCAGGGCAAUCUGUAAUUACUGAUGAUGUUCCAUCUUGCUCCACCUCACCUUCUACAAAUAACUGUGCCAAUGCACUUCCAUCAUUGAUAAAUUCUCGAUUGGAGAGAAACACAGUAGUUGGGGAUGACAUGGCUCAGUCUGCUUCAACAAUCUUGAGUUCAAGUGCCUUAGAAACUAUGUCAUCAAAUGCAAACUUGUUGAAAGAUUUCCCAAAGUCUGAAGUCAAACCUUCCGUGCAUAUUUCCAAAAAUCAGAAUCAAGGGCAUUUUGGUCUUCAGUCAUACUUGAAUGGUAGUGCUGCCCAUACUGAUUGUUUGGACACGUCAUCUUCUACAACAUCAGUUUGCCUUUCUCAGAGUGAUGCUCACAUGCAUCAGAAUAACAACCCAUUAGCUUACAAUCCACAGUCUAUGUUGUUUAGAGACAACAGUCACGAUGGGGAAGUUCAGGCAGAUGCUAGGAGCAAUAUUCCAUAUGCCAACAACAUUGAUAGUCAAAUGACAAUGCCACUGAAUCCAGAUUCCCUUUUAACCAAAAGCACAUUGGGGUUGGGGAAGGAUUUAUCUAAUCAUUUCUCUUCAGAAGGCCUACUUGGUAAUUAUGAAAAUAACAGAGAUGCCCAGCAGGAACUUUCAUCUUCAAUGGUUUCACAGACAUUCGGAGUCCCUGAUAUGGCCUUCAAUUCAAUUGAUUCCACAAUAGAUGAUAGUAGCUUCAUGAAUAGGGGUGCAUGGGCUGCACCACCAGCACCACCACCACCACCGCCACCUCUUCCACCAGCACAGUUUCAGCGGAUGAGGACAUAUACCAAGGUAUAUAAACGUGGAGCUGUGGGAAGGUCCAUAGACAUAACAAGGUAUUCAGGUUAUGAGGAGCUUAAACAGGAUCUAGCUCGGAGAUUUGGGAUAGAGGGACAGCUGGAGGAUCGACAGAGGAUAGGUUGGAAACUUGUCUAUGUAGAUCAUGAGAGUGAUGUUCUACUUGUGGGAGAUGACCCUUGGGAGGAGUUUGUGAACUGUGUUCGCUGUAUUAAAAUACUUUCUCCUCAAGAAGUGCAACAGAUGAGCUUGGAUGGAGAUUUUGGCAAUGGCGGCCUUCCGAAUCAAGCGUGUAGCAGCUCUGAUGGUGGGAAUACUUAA